UAAAAUAUAUUUUAAAAUGUAGAAAAGAAAAAUGUUGUGUUUGAUGCUUCCGAGGUCUACUAAGGUGUCCUGCUGUGUGAUCAACAUUUCUGUGAGUCUUUCUCAGAACGUGGAUGACCAGAGAACAUCAGAACCUCCGUCCAUCUGAACUCCUCUUCCCAUCAGGUCCGGCUGGCCUGGUUUCAUGAAGCAGCGCUGUGGUCGAACCCAUCCUCCUGCAGCUUCAGUAGAGGAAGACUAGAUGAAGGAGAAACACCGGGAAUGGGUUUGAAUCAACCUUUACUUUAGAACUAGAACACAUCCUGGCUUUAUUUAUCUGCUACUGGCAUUUUAUAAAAUAUCACAAUUAUGUUUAAAACCUUUAUUUUGUCAGUCCUGCUGCAGAGCUAGCAUGAAGCUGUGUGAUCAGCCCGGAAACAGAAACAUAGCAGCUGAUUUAUUGACAGAAUGAUUAUAAAAUGCUGGUUAAACUCGUGGUCUGCGUGGUGCUUUGGUGGUUAGCACCAUCACCUUACAGCUAGAAGAUCCCCGGUUCGAGUCCCAGCCUUCCUGGGAUCUUUCUGCAUGAAGUCUCUGGGUUCUCCAUGUUCUCCGGGUUCUUCCUGCCACAGUCCAACAACAUGCUGAGGUUAAUUAGUGAUUAUAAAUGAGAGUGUGAUUGUUUGUCUCUAUGUGUAGACCUGAGAUAGACUGCUACCUGUUCCUGUAGGUAGGAAUGGAUCCAACGUAAGACAAGAUCCCCAUGGAUGGAUGAUGGGUGGACGGACGGAUAGAUGGACGUACCAUGGAUGGAAAGAAGGAUGGAUGGAUGGGCGGAUAGAUGGAUGGACGGACAGAUGACUUCUAGUUGGCGGCAUGGCUCAGUGGGUAGAGUGGCCGUCUUGCAACCGGAGGGUUUCCGGUCCGAUCCUCGGCCCGUCGAGGUGUCCCUGAGCAAGACAUCUAACCCCUAAUUGCUCCUGGUUUUCACAUAGAAGCUUCAACCGUCCGUCUUGGUCCAAACUCAACCUUGUGGCGUCGAAUCGUCCGUCCUCCUUCCUGUGGCGUCCUCGCCCUCCUGAGAGAAGUAACCCAGAUCUGAAAAUGAAUCGCCGCCUGUUCCCCUCAAUCUCUCUCUCUCUCUCUCUCUCUCUCUCUCUCUCUCUCUCUCCACCUCCCUCCUCUCAUUCUUUCCUCUCUCUCUCUUCCUGCCCUCCGUCUCCAGUCCUGGUUGAAAACAGAAUCAAUCUUGGAAAGAGGAUCCCAGCAGCUCGUCUUCGUCCCGUCCUCCUCCGGAUAUAAACCGCUUCCUUCCAUCUUUGCUUCCUAGAAAGCUUCCUGACACUUUUCUGGCACUUUUUUUAUUUAUAUUUUUACUUUUUUUGUUUUUUUUUUCUCUGCCGGCUUCUUUCCUCUUUUGAUUCCUUUUUUUGUUUUGGAGCCACAGGUGAGACAGGAAGAGGAAGGAAUUCGUCUCCGGGUGUCCGAACAUCUCCUCCAGCUUCAGACAUCAUGUCCACCCCGGUGUCCCCUCCCCCGUCCCUCUCCCCCCUCACCCUGGCCUCCCCCACGUCGGCCUCCUCCCCCGGCGGCUCCUCCUCCUCCCCCCUGCCAUCUCCCCUGUCUCCUCCUCCCAGGGUUCCGGUGUUCCAGAGGAAAGGAGCUCUGAAGCACAAACGUAUCGUGGAGGUGAAGGACCACCAGUUCACGGCGAGGUUCUUCAAGCAGCCCACCUUCUGCAGCCACUGCACCGACUUCAUCUGGGGCAUCGGCAAACAGGGAUUCCAGUGUCAAGUUUGCAGCUUCGUGGUUCAUAAAAGAUGCCACGAGUUCGUGACCUUCACGUGUCCCGGAUCAGUGACGGAGCCGAGACCCGACGACCUGAAGAGUCGACACACCUUUAAAGUCCACACGUAUUCCAGUCCGACGUUCUGCGACCACUGCGGCUCGCUGCUGUACGGACUCAUCCACCAGGGCAUGAAGUGUGCCUGCUGCGACAUGAACGUCCACCGGCGCUGUGAGACCAGUGUUCCCAGUCUGUGCGGUCAGGACCACACCGAGAAGAGAGGCCGGAUCCACCUGACCAUCCGGGGCGAGAAGGAGGACGUCUACGUCACGGUGCGGGAGGCUCGGAACUUGAUGCCGAUGGACCCCAACGGCCUCUCGGACCCCUACGUCAAACUGAAACUGAUCCCAGACCCAAAGAGCCACAGCAAACAGAAGACCAAGACCAUCCGCUCCACACUCAACCCUGUUUGGAACGAGAGCUUCACCUUUUCCGUCCGGGGCCACCAGUGGGACCGACGCCUGUCGGUGGAGGUCUGGGACUGGGAUAGGACGUCCAGGAAUGACUUCAUGGGAGCUCUGUCCUUUGGAGUCAGCGAGAUCUUCAGGCGUCCCAUCAGUGGCUGGUUCAAGCUGCUGGCUCAGGACGAAGGAGAAUAUUACAACAUCCCAGUACCAGACCCAGAUCUACAGGAGCCCCAGCCAGAUGGCUCCGCCCCCUCCCUGCCUCAGGUCCUCCCCUCUCCGCUGUCCCCUCUCCCGGUGGCCCUGAGUCCGGUCCCAGUCCCAUCCUGCCCCCCCAUCCUGAGUCCCGGGAAGGUCAAAGUGGGACUCCACGACUUCAACUUCCUCAUGGUUCUGGGAAAAGGAAGCUUCGGGAAGGUGCUGCUGGCGGAGGAACGAGGCAGCGAGCGUCUGUUUGCCGUCAAAGUCCUGAAGAAAGACGUCCUCUUCCAGGACGAGGACACGGAGAGCGCUCUGGUGGAGAGGAGGGUUCUGGCUCUGGCCUCCCGUCCUCACUUCCUCACAUCGCUGUACUGCGCCUUCCAGACCGAGGACCGGCUGUACUACGUGAUGGAAUACGUCAACGGAGGAGACCUGAUGUUCCACAUUCAGAUCGUCGGGAAGUUCAAAGAGGCUCACGCAGCGUUUUAUGCAGCAGAGAUCGCAGUCGGUCUCUUCUUCCUCCACAGUAAAGGCAUCAUCUACAGGGACCUGAAGCUGGAUAACGUUCUGCUCGACAGCGAGGGCCACAUAAAGAUCGCUGACUUUGGGAUGUGCAGGGAGGGAAUGUUUGAGGGCGACACCACCCGGACCUUCUGCGGUACGCCCGACUACAUCGCCCCGGAGAUUGUGGCCUACCAGCCCUACAACAAAGCCGUGGACUGGUGGUCGUAUGGGGUGCUGCUGUACGAGAUGCUGGCCGGACAGCCUCCGUUUGACGGCAUCGAUGAGGAGGAGCUGUUUCAGUCCAUCAUGGAGCAAAGCGUCUCGUAUCCUAAAAGUCUGACUCGUGAAGCCGUCGCUAUCUGCAAAGGACUGCUGACCAAACAUCCUGCCAAGCGUCUGGGUGGAGGAGAGGAGGCGGAGAGAGAGAUCAGAGAGCAUCCCUUCUUCCGCUGGAUCGACUGGGACCGACUGGAGAGACUGGAGAUACCUCCACCCUUCAAACCCAGAACUGGCGGGAGGAAAGGUGAGAACUUUGACAAGUUCUUCACAGGAACUUCAUCGGCGUUGACUCCUUCUGACCCGGAGAUUCUUGCCGUCAUGAACCAGGAGGACUUCCAGGGUUUCUCCUUCCUGAACCCAGACUUUGCCCCGUCGCCUCUCACCGCCGUUUGAAAACGGCCUCCGUCCCUCUCCCUAGUUCCUCCAGUUCCUCCUUCUCCUGUAGUAGUUUUCUAGCAGAGAAUUUGACCAUGAGAACUAUGACCGAAUUCUGACGUUUACACCGAGAAGAAGACACCUUGAAGCUCUGCAGACCGACGCCAUCGUAGAUCUUCUGAGACGUCGUGGUGUAGGAGAACCGUAGUAGAACCUGAACCUUCUGCAUGCAGCUAGUUUUUAUAGCUCUAGUCCUUCAACCUUUAAUCAGAUCACAUAGAGAUUUAACAGGUUUCUUUGUGUUUAUUACAGUAACUCAGCAGCACUAAAACGUCUCUCACUCCGUUUCUGUGUUUUAGCUGAAGAUUCUUUGAAUUCUUUGACUACGACUCAAACUGAGCUGAGAGUUGGUUUAGGAGGGCUGAGAGUCAGACCUCAGCGUGACUCCAGAUGACCCCAUGAAACGUUUAAACAACAAUCUGCUUCUCCUCCUCCUCCUUCUUCUCUUUAUUAAUCUUCUUCUCUGCUCUGAAAUCUUCUUUUUCUUCCACUUCUUUUCUUCUGCUUCUUAUUUUUCUACUCUUCUUAUUCUUCUUCAUCUUACACUUCAUCUUGUUCUUCUCCUCCUUCUUCUUCUUCUCUGCUCUGGCAUCGUCUUCUCCAUCAUCUUCUUCUCCUCCUUCUUAUUCUUCAACUUUUUCUUUAUCUUCAUCUCCUUCUUCUCAUUCUUCAUCUUCGUUUUCUUCUUCUUCUUCUCUGUCUUCUCCAUCAUCAUCAUCUUCUUCUCAUUCUUCAUCAUUUCCUUCUUCUUUGUCUUCUUCUUCUCCAUCACCAUCUUCCUCUUCUUCUUUGUCUUAAUCUUCUUCAUCAUUUUCUUCUUCUUUUUCUUCUUCUCCUUCAUCAUCUUCUUCUUUGUCUCCUUCUUCUUCUUCCACUCUGACCUCCUUCUUCUGCUCUUUAUUCUUCAACUGUUAUCUUUAUCUUCAUUUCCUUCUUCUUUUCCUCCUUCUUCUUCUCAUCUUCUCCUUCUCCUUCUUCUUCUUCUCCAUCACCAUCUUCCUCUUCUUCUUUGUCUUCUCUUUCUUCUUCUUCUUCAUGUUGAACACAGAGUUCUAGUCGUCCCAGAGGACCAACGCCCAGCUCUCCUAAACUACCUCCAGCUCAUUUUGCCUCGUCUUCUCCCUCUGUUUGUUUUAGCUUCGUAUUCUUUGACUCUGACUCAAACUGAGAGUUGGUUUAGGAGUUCUGGGCAUCAGUCCUCUGGCCCGACUUGACCUUUUUGGUUCAGCGUGACUCCAGCUGACCCGAUGAAAUGUUUAAACGACGCUCGAUGUGGCGGUUAAUGCGACUGCAGCUCAGACUGUGAUUCUGCUGCAGGGAUUCCUCACAUUACUGCAGCAUUACUUCAGAACCAGUGUUCUUCCUGAGCUCUACAUGGAUUAGUCCUCUCUUACAGCAUCUUAAAGUCAAACUUCUUUUUAUUUUUGAUUCAAUUUUAGAACAAAGGCCUCUUAGUAACGUCCAGGUACACAUAAUUAUGAAUUUAGCGGUGCAGAACGCAGAGCUUUUGGCCGUGUAAUGACGUACUGGCAGCAUUGAUUAGGAGUAAUUAAAAGUGGGCCUCGCUGGGACUGUUCAAUACAUGGAAAAUAAUAGCAGCGCUGGCGUUAAAUGUUGCCUGAACGGGGCAGGUGGUGGUUUAAUAAGCCCUUAUCUCACCAACCAGCUGCUCCAAAAGCACAGAUGUUUUGGCCCAAACGUCUUUAAGCUCGGCUUGAGUUGAAGUCAAACAUCAGAAACCUCCAAUGAUCAGUCCCUGCAGGAAUUCGUGGACGUUUUUCCAGAUUGUUGCGGCUUAAAAUGUCUAAAUCUGUGGGGAUUUCGAUGUAAGUUGCAAUGUUUUGACUGUAUUUAUUGCGAUGAAAUUGCGGGAGACAGUGACAGUUGCUAAAAAGUUGCUUUUUAUUUAUUUUGAAAUUAAUUCUUUAACACGCUCCAACUCAUUUACAAACGUCAGACAAAAAAACAACAAAAACAAGACAAAAUAUUAGAAAAAUGAGACGCAAAACGACCAAAAAUGAAACAAUCGACACAAAACAAAGACAAAAAAAUAGACAAAAAGUUACAAGGUGACAAAAAAAUGGACAAAUGACACAAGGGAGACAAAAAACAGCAAAUAAAGUGAAGCACAAAAUGACAAAAAUAAGACAAAUAAUACAAGGGAGACCAAAAGGAAACACAAAAUGACAAAAGCGAGAAACAAAACGACCAAAAAUUAGACAAAAAGACCCAAAACAAGACAAAAUAUUACAAAAAUGAGACAAACGACAUGAAAUGAAGCAAAAAAUGAGACAAAAAAAUUACAAAGCGACAAAAAAUGGACAAAUGACACAGAUGUGACAAAAAAGAAACACAAAACAACAAAAACAUGAGAAACGACAAAAAAUGAGACAAUAAUCAGAACAAAAACAAGACAAAAUAUUACAAGAAUUGACAAAACAACAAAAAUGAGGCGCAAAAUAACAAAAAAAUUGAGAAAUGACACGAAACAAACAAAAAAAGAGACCAAAAAUUAGACAAAUUUGCAAAACAACAAAAAAAUGGACAAAGGACACAAGUGAGACAAAAAGGAAACAAAACAACAAAUAUAUGAGACAAACAACAAAGAAUGAGACAAAAAUGAGACAAAAAGACCAAAAAAAACGCAAAUUACAAAGAAUGAGACAACACGACCAAAAAUGAAGCAAACGACACAAGCAAUACAAAAAGUAAACACAAAACGACAAGUAAAAGCGAAACGACAAAAAACAGACAAAAACAAGACAAAAUCUAGCUUUUAAGAUCCCCAGGUAUUACUUAUCCCGUGUGAAUAGUAUUUUUAUUUUAGUAGUAGUUUUUGUUGGGAAAUGAGACACAUUGGAAUGAAACACGUCUGGAUCUUCAAACCAUAGUCGCAACAUCGUGAACUCCUGGAGGGACUGAAUACACGAUCGACAAUAGAACGAUAGAUGAUUUAUGUUUGUUUUCAUGUGCUGGAAUUAAAAAAUGAAUCUAAAUAAAGUGAGAAAACAACA